AUGGCUCAGAUGAACGCUUCUCACGUUUCAAAUCCGCAAAAUCGAAACUACGCUCAAAUAGAUGGAGAAGAAUCAACUGAUCGUAUCCCUGAUGUACCACUUGGUCGUGGAGGUCGACCGAAACGGACUCGCACUAAAUUUACUCCAUUUCAAAUUUUCGAACUCCAAGAGAAGUUUGCUGAAAAUAGUUCUUUGCGGAGACCAGGCCAAGCGGAAUUAGCACAGUCCCUGAAAUUAGAUGUGAGAGUGGUUGUUGUCUGGUACAACAAUAGACGUAGUGCUAAGAAGAAAAGAGAGAGAGCUGCGAUGACUGAAGCUUCAACUAGUUCACAAUCAAAUUCGGUCAAAGCAUCUCAAGCUUCAACUAGUUCACAAUCGAAUUCGGUGGAAGCAUCAGCGGAUGAAGUUGCUGUCGAUGCAUCCAAAACAGCAUCCGUGUGUAUGAUGAAUUACUGUGAGCCUUGUGAGUUUUGUGAAUAUACAAAACAAACAUUCGAUGUAAGUAUAUAUCCGGAUUUCGUCGGAGAUACGGACGAAUACAAUACUUUUAUCAGCGACAUUGGAUGGGCAACAUCACCAUAA